AUUUCUUUCCUUCCGAUUUCCCCCCUUUAACCUUAGAAUAUAUAAUAUCCUUUAACGCCUCAUUAUUCACCGAAGCAGGGAAAUGUUUUCGUGCAUAAAGAAGAAAAAAACGAGAAUAAAAGAUUUGUAAGCGUUGUCAUCAGGUUUUAAGUAAGCUUUUAAGUUUUUUCAAUCGGUAACAGGCUGAGGACUCCUUUGUAGCAACACUACCCACAAUCCAUAGCGCGGCCAUUCGGAAUGAAUGGAAGAUAUGCUAAUUGUGGCUACCAUUCAUUUCUACGAGCGCUACGGCUAAUUCUAGUUUCUGAGAAGUGUCUGCAAAAGUCUCUGUUGUCUCUGAUUCAACGCAGUUUACGACGACGAUGUCUGCAGAGGAACCAACAUUUAAAAAGCAGAAACUAGCGGAGCAUACUAUCAGACAAAAUGUGCUGUUUGGGAUGGGAAAUCCUCUGCUUGACAUUUCUGCUGUAGUGGACAAGGACUUCCUUGACAAGUAUGGACUGAAACCGAAUGACCAGAUAUUGGCGGAAGACAAGCACAAGGCCAUGUUUGACGAAAUCGCCAAGAAGUCCAAAGUAGAAUACCAUGCUGGAGGCUCCACCCAGAACUCCGUAAAGAUCGCCCAGUGGAUGAUCCAGCAGCCGCACAAGGUGGGCACGUUCUUCGGCUGCAUCGGCAAGGACAAGUUCGGCGAGAUCCUGAAGCGCAAGGCAGAGGAAGCGCACGUGGACGCGCGUUACUACGAGCAGAGCGAGGAGCCCACGGGCACCUGCGCCGCCUGCAUCACCGGCGACAACAGGUCCCUUGUGGCGAAUUUGGCGGCGGCGAACUGUUACGACAAGGAGAAGCAUCUGGACCUGGAGGAUAACUGGACGCUGGUGGAGAAGGCCAGGGUGUACUACAUCGCGGGUUUCUUCCUGACGGUGUCCCCGGAGUCCAUCCUGAAGGUGGCGAGGCACGCUUCGGAGAACAACAAGAUCUUCGGCCUCAACCUGUCCGCUCCCUUCAUCAGCCAGUUCUUCAAGGAGCCCAUGAUGAAGGUCAUGCCGUACGUCGACAUCUUGUUCGGGAACGAAACGGAGGCUGCCACUUUUGCCAGAGAGCAGGGCUUUGAGACGGAAGACAUUAAAGAAAUCGCGCGGAUGGCCCAGAGGCUGCCCAAGGAGAACAAGAAGAGGCAGCGGAUCGUGGUUUUCACGCAGGGGAAGGACGAGACCGUGGCGACUAAAGGUGACGAGGUGAUGACGUUCUCCGUGGUGGACAUCGAUCAGACGGAAAUCGUGGACACGAACGGAGCUGGGGACGCUUUCGUGGGAGGCUUUCUGUCGGCGCUGGUUCAGGAACACCCCCUGGAGGAGUGCAUCCGGGCCGGGCACUACGCUGCCAACGUGAUCAUCCAGCGGGUGGGGUGCACCUUCCCGGAGAGGCCCGACUUCCACUAGCGCCGCUCUGCCACCGCUCUGCCGUCGCUCUGUGGGACCUGUUUCUCCGCUAAGAAAGAAAAGAAAAGAAAAAAAA